CGCGCAGCCUCACUGCUUGUAAACAAGAAAUACGCUUUUAUGCGUAAAACACUGUAAACUAGAGGCAAACAUCGGAAAUCAUUCGAGCUGCUAAACAAAAAUAUAUGUAUUGCUGAUCUAAGGAAUAUCGAGUCGGUUUUCUCAGUGUGUCCAUUGGCUUUCGGUUAAUUGGCACUUGAAAGUUGGAAGUUGCCCGGCUGGUUUCUGCUCUCCGAUCUGGGAUCGCCAAUCGUCGCACUGACCCCACUGUAGUCCGCAGCUGGCGCUGAGCAAGAACGGAGGAUGAGCAGUCGGUGUUCCAGUUCCACACCCACCACCCGUGUGUACCUGCACCUUCUGGUGUGGCUGCCACUACUCCUGGCAGUCCAGGCCACACCGGCCAUAGGUCCGCAGUCGCUGCCCGGCAUCAUCUUUCCCAAGGAGACCUUCGAUGAGUGCCAACUGGACGACCUGGCCAGGACGCGGGGCACCUGCCGGCGCAUGGAGGACUGUCCCAGUGCCCUCAACGGAUGGCUGGAGCGGCGCGAGUCGCCCAAGACCUGCUACUUCGUGAGGUUCGACCUCUUCGUGUGCUGCGCUCCAGCUACAGCUGCAAUUGUCACCCGAUCCAGUCAGCAGGCCUGUAACGAACUGAACAAGGUGGAGAAGAUCAACGAGGCCGAAACGGUUUUCGUCGUCUCGGUGGUGGGCGGCAAGCCCACCCGGCCGCGGGAGUUCCCCUUCAUGGCGGCACUGGGCUGGCGCUCCAGCUUCGAACAGCAGAUCUACUAUCGCUGCGGCGGCGCCCUGAUCGCCAACAACUUUGUACUGACGGCGGCCCACUGUGCCGACUUGGGCGGUGAGCAACCCACUGAGGUUCGCCUCGGUGGCGACAAUCUCACGCUGACCACGGGCGAGGACAUACCCAUCCGGCGCGUAAUCAUCCAUCCGGAUUACGAUGCCAGCACGGCGUACAACGAUAUUGCGCUCCUGGAGCUGGAGACGCCGGCCAAGCCGGCACUGAAGCCCAGCUGCAUUUGGACGCAGAAGGAGGUCACCAACUCGCUGGUCACGGCCAUUGGCUAUGGGCAGACCAGCUUCGCCGGUCUAUCCUCCGCCCAGCUGCUGAAGGUGCCGCUGCAGAGCGUGAGCAACGAGGAGUGCCAGAGCCACUACCAGAAGGAACAGCUGGCCCUAGGCGUGCUGGAUACGCAAAUGUGUGCCGGCGACAUCACCGGCGAGCGGGACACCUGCCAGGGCGACUCCGGUGGACCCCUGCUCAUGCAGGACGGGCGACUGAGCUAUGUGGUGGGCAUCACUUCGCUGGGACAGGGAUGCGCCAGUGGACCGCCAUCGGUGUACACCCGGGUGUCCAGCUUCGUCGACUGGAUCGAGGGCAUUGUGUGGCCGGCGCAGCAGGUGACGAUCGCAACGAAGUCCAACCAGAUGACCAGUUCCAGUCCCGAAUUCGAUCUGAGGGCGACGAUCUGAGGUUUGCUUGUGCCAACUUCAAAUAUACAGGAAUAGAUAUUCAAACUGAUCAGAUGUCCAGCAAUUCAACUAGUUAUUAUAAGAGAUUAUUUGAAGAAAAAUGUUAGCAGGCAUUUAAGUAUAAUAAGUAAAUCAAUUUUCAAGAUGAUGGAAAUAUUUAUUUUUGUGCUUGUUAGCUUUUAAAACAAUAUUUAAAUGUACCCUUAAGCAACAAUUGAGAUUUAAAUAAGCAGACAAAUAUUUAU